CAUACUUGUCAGAAAACAUGAUUUGGUGCAUAUAGAUAACAUGCUUUUCUUUCAUUGGCUUAGUCCAUUUUCAUUUUCAUUUUCAUUUUUUGAUGGAUUAUAUACAGGGGCUUGAUUAUUUAUCCGGAGUAUGGCAGUUAGAGGGCCAUGCUUUCGUGCCGAAUGGAACCUCCAGGGCGAUCAUCGUUCAGAUCCAUGGUGGUGAGCAACAUGCCACAACUCUGAUACUGAGGAUCAAUGAGGGGGAUGUGCACUACUACCUCCGGGAUCUGGUGGUAGUGGAUGUCUACGAUCGAUGGUUCAGAGUGAACAUAAUCCACGAAAUGGAUGAAGAGACAGAGAUGGUUUUUUUUGACGGUGUUCAGAAGCUCGUGACGGAAGAUUGUGGGCCCGGCGAUCUCUUCUUCAAAUGUGGAGUCUAUGCAGCUCCUCCUAAUGUGAGCUAUUACUUGGAAUCAAGGUGGAGAGACAUCAAAAUAUACAAGAAAUAAAAUGGCUAUGAAUCAUGACUCGCUAGCUCUAUUAGCCGAAACUAAAUUGUCAUGGUCUUAUUUCUUCCAAUCCUUUUCGCUGUUGUAAAGGGAUGCUACGCCUCCCAAAGGUUUCCUAGAUGCGCUGUUAAAGAAAGCAGAAGAUUCAGCCCAUAUUUUUCUUGAAAAG